AUGUUCAGAACACUGCAAACAGUCCCUACUUCGGUUUCACGGCCCUUGUGUCGGGCAUACGUUCGCUCAGAGAGUCGGCCCCUUUCGACCAGCCGGAAGCAACGUUCUCUUCCUGCAGCAUAUUAUCGCGGAGGCACCUCGCGCGCUGUUUUCUUCAAAGAACAAGAUCUACCCCCGAGUCGUACUCAAUGGGACCCGAUCUUCCGCAGUGUCAUCGGGAGUCCUGAUCCUCACGGCCGCCAGCUGGACGGCAUGGGAGGCGGGAUAUCCAGCCUAUCCAAAGUCUGCGUGGUCGGAAAGUCCACGCGCCCUGACGCAGACGUCGACUACACCUUUGUAUCUCUUGGCGUCAAAAACACCGAUGUCGACUACUCCAGCAACUGCGGCAACAUGAUCAGUGCAGUCGGUCCGUUUGCCAUCGAUGCACAGCUGGUUGCCCCUGACACGACCGACUCCGCCUCAGUUCGCAUCCACAACACCAACACCGGGAAGAUCAUAAAUUCUUCCUUCCCCGUCGUCGACGGAGAGGCAGCAUCGAGCGGCGACUUCUCCAUCGACGGUGUCUCUGGGACAGCAGCACGCAUCCAACUCGACUUCAUCGACCCAGCCGGGUCAGUCACCGGCAAAUUACUUCCCACAGGAAGCGCCAGGGACGUCUUCGACGGGGUGACAGCGACAUGCAUUGAUGUCGGCAACCCCUGCGUUUUCGUACAGGCCAGCGACCUAGGCGUCAAAGGAAACCUGACGCCAGAUGAAAUCACCACCAACGCUGACCUCCUACAACAACUCGACUCCAUCCGCCGCCAAGCAGGCGUGAAAAUGGGCAUCGCCGAAACUCCCGCCUCAGUCCCUGGAAGCAUCCCGAAAAUCUGCCUCGUCUCGUCACCAACAUCGAGCGAAGUGGACCUAGUCGCGCGCGCGAUGUCGGUAGGCCAGCCACACAAGGCUGUGCCCAUUACGGUGGCGUUGGCGUUGGCGGCGGCCGCUCGCGUACCGGAGAGUACGGUUGCAGAGGUGUCGAAUAAGGAUCUUGUGGAUUCGGCAGGGAUCACGAUCAACCAUGCGAGUGGGAAUCUUCUGGUCGGGGCGGAUAUUGAUGAAACGGGGCGGUUGAAGUUUGCCACAGUUUUUCGCACCGCGAGGAGGCUGUUUGAGGGUCGAAUCUUUUGGAAAGAUGAGGUUGCCGAGUGA